GGGACGAACGAUACCCUUCUUCUGAUAAAGGCGGAAGCGCGCCAAAUCUACUUAACUUGCCAAACACACCACCGUGCGCUCCGGUGCACCGGCGCCACCACCACCGUCAACAUGGGAAAGCAAAAACAACAAGUGAUUUCCCGUUUCUUCGCGCCCAAACCCAAAACUCCAUCACCAACCACCGAUUCAGUUUCACCUUUAUCUUCUUCUUCGGUUCAGAACCCUCCAACUCCCAAAAUCUCAACCACCGUCACUUUCUCUCCAUCCAAACGCCUCCUAACUUCUCAGUUAACUUCCCCUCACAAGCCACCCAAACUCCCCAAACUGUCCCCUCACACACACAACCCUCUGCUCCCUCCUCCACCCGAUCACUCCCUCCACCAGCGUUUCCUCCAGAAGUUUCUCGAACCUUCCCCACACUCACAACCCCAUUCGUCCUCCAAACCCUUAAAGUACACUCCUUUGGAGCAACAGGUGUUGGAGCUCAAAGCUAAAUACCCUGAUGUUCUUUUGAUGGUUGAAGUCGGUUACAGGUACCGUUUUUUCGGCCAAGAUGCUGAGAAUGCUGCUAGGGUUUUGGGUAUUUAUGCGCAUAUGGAUCAUAAUUUUUUGACUGCUAGCAUACCAACUUUUCGAUUGAAUGUCCAUGUGAGGAGGCUUGUGAGUGCAGGGUAUAAGGUUGGUGUGGUUAAGCAGACCGAGACUGCUGCCAUUAAGGCUCACGGUUCGAACCGGUUAGGCCCGUUUUGCAGAGGGUUGUCGGCAUUGUACACCAAGGCCACGCUGGAGGCGGCUCAGGAUUUGGGGGGAGAGGAAGAGGGGUGUGGGUCAGAGAGUAAUUACUUGCUGUGUGUUGUGGAGAAGAGCAUUUUGGGAGAGAAAUCAAAUUGUGGGGUGGAAAGUGGUUUUGAUGUGAGGAUUGGGAUUGUUGCUGUGGAGAUAUCAACGGGGGAUGUUGUUUAUGGAGAGUUUAAUGACAAUUUUUUGAGGAUUGCGCUUGAGGCUGUUAUUGUGAGCUUGUCUCCCGCUGAGUUGCUUCUUGGGGACCCUCUUUCCAGCCAAACAGAGAAGUUAUUACUGGCUUUUGCUGGACCUGCCUCAAAUGUUCGUGUGGAGCGUACCUCACGAGAUUGCUUCACUGGUGGAGGUGCUCUUGCUGAAGUAAUGACAGUGUAUGAGAACAUGCAUGUAGACAGUCCACCAGAUUCAAUGCGAAGCAAUGAUUUGUCUGAACACAGAAGUCAGCAGUUGGUCGUCAAGGAGGUGAUGAACAUGCCAGAUUUGGCUGUCCAAGCUUUGGCCUUAAGUAUUCGCCAUUUAAAGGAAUUUGGUUUUGAAAGAAUUCUGUGUUCAGGAGCAUCUUUAAGGCCCUUCUCGAGCAAUACGGAAAUGAGCCUCUCAGCCAAUGCACUUCAACAACUGGAGGUUUUAAGAAAUAACAGUGAUGGAUCUGAAAGUGGUUCCUUGUUGCAAAUUAUGAAUCACACUCUUACUAUAUUUGGCUCCAGGCUUCUUAGGCAUUGGGUAUCUCACCCAUUGUGUGAUAGAACCUUGAUUUCUGCUCGUCUUCAUGCUGUAUCUGAAAUUGCAGAGUCCAUGGGAUCUUGUAAUGGCACGAAGAAUCUUGGAUGUGUUGAGAAAGAUUCUGAUGUAGCAACUGUGCAAUCUAUGUUAGCAUACGUACUUUCGUUGGUUUUGACUACUCUGGGCCGGGCACCUGAUAUUCAGCGUGGGAUUACAAGAAUUUUCCAUUGCACUGCUUCCCCAGCUGAGUUCAUUGCAGUUAUUCAAGCAAUUUUGUCUGCUGGAAAACUGCUUCAGCAGCUAAACGUUGGAGAGGGGCAUAAUACUACAUUGCGGUCUAAUCUUUUAAAAAAGUUAAUUUUGACGGCUUCCUCUGCCAGCGUUAUUGGCAAUGCUGCAAAAAUGUUGUCAUCUUUAAACAAAGACUGUGCUGAUCAAGGAGAUCUAACAAAUUUGAUCAUUGCAUCCGAGGGACAAUUUCCAGAGGUCAUCAGAACUCGGAAGGCUUUUCGGAUGGCAGUGGAGCAAUUAGAUUCAUUGAUUGACUUGUAUCGCAAACGGCUUGGAAUGCGAAAUUUGGAAUUCUUGUGUGUUUCUGGCAUAACUCAUUUGAUAGAGUUAUCAACUGAUGUAAAGGUUCCUUCAAACUGGGUUAAGGUAAAUAGCACAAAGAAAACAAAUAGGUAUCACCCUCCUGAAGUAGUGACAGCAUUGGACAAGUUAUCAUUAGCAAAAGAAGAGCUAACUGUUGCCUGUCGAGCUGCUUGGGGUAGCUUUCUGAGGGACUUCAGUAAAUACUAUCCUGAGUUUCAAGCUGCUGUUCAAGCUUUAGCUGCUUUAGAUUGUUUGCAUUCACUUGCCAUUCUUUCAAGAAAUAAGGGAUAUGUUCAACCAGUGUUUGUAGAUGCUAAUGAGUCUGUUCAGAUACAAAUUUGUUGUGGUAGACAUCCGAUUUUGGACACUACCUUACAAGACAAUUUUGUCCCAAAUGAUACAAACAUGCAUGCAGACAGAGAGUACUGUCAGAUUGUUACUGGACCUAAUAUGGGGGGAAAAAGUUGCUAUGUUCGCCAGGUGGCUCUGAUUGCUAUAAUGGCUCAGGUUGGUUCCUUUGUCCCAGCAUCAUCAGCAAAACUGCAUGUCCUGGAUGGGAUCUACACCCGAAUGGGUGCUUCUGACAGUAUUCAGCAAGGGAGAAGCACCUUCCUCGAAGAACUAAGUGAGACUUCACAUAUACUCCAUAGCUGCACAGGACAUUCACUGGUUAUCAUUGAUGAGCUUGGGAGAGGUACAAGUACACAUGAUGGUAUGGCCAUUGCUUAUGCGGCUUUACAUUAUCUUCUAAAGCAAAAAAGAAGCAUGGUCCUCUUUGUCACUCACUAUCCAAAGAUUGCCAACCUGGGAACUGAAUUUCCAGGCUCUGUGGCAGCAUAUCACGUAUCACAUCUGACCUCACACGAUGAUGCCAGUAAAAAGUCCAACUUGGAUCAUGAAGAUGUCACUUAUCUAUACAAGCUCGUGCCUGGUGUAUCAGAAAGGAGUUUCGGAUUUAAAGUGGCCCAGCUUGCACAGUUACCAUCCCAUUGCGUUAGUCGAGCCAUUGUCAUGGCUUCCAAAUUAGAAGCACUAGUAAACAGCAGAAUACAUAGUAGAUCAGGAAAGGAGCUGCUAUUGGAUGCCUCGAUGAUUGAUCAAGGGCAAGAACCACAUCAGCUCAUGGCUCAACCACAUGAUUGUCCACGUCAAGAGUUUGGUAGAGCUUACAAGGAAUUCUAUUCAAACUUAAAAGCUGCAAUACUAGAUGAUGACCAUGCCAAAAGCUUUCAGCUUUUGGAGCAUGCUAGAAGCAUUGCUAAGAAAUUAAUUGUCAGAUCAUACAGUUUGUAUAAAUGACAUGACAUGCAGAAGCAGGGUUCAGAAGGUAUCCUCCUGCGUAGAUAAUAUUUUGCAUAAAAAAUUUCGUAUUUUUGUUUAAGUUUAGCAUUCCAAUUUUUGUUUCUUUACCUUCCUCCUGCUUGUUUAUAUUUUUGUAAUUUCCGUAAUGCUUGGGAGCUGAUUUUAUUUACUAGUUACUACGAUGUAUACGGGAUGUUGAAAUU